GGCGGCGCUUUCAUGCCCCAGGAAGCGGCAGUGCGGCGGCGCUGACGGCGCGCGCAGGAACUUGAACAGCAGCCAUGAUAGAAGACAAAGGACCCAGAGUGACAGACUACUUUGUCGUGGCAGGUCUUACUGAUAGCUCUACUCCUUUGGAUCAAGAACUCAAUCGUUUUGAUGCUAAGUCAGGUGGACCUAAAGCUCCAAUCACAGAUAUUGCAGUUAUUAACACGUCACUUGGGGAAGCUGUACCUGAAGGGUAUACCUGUGUAAAAGCUACCCCAUCAGCACUCCAGGCUAACUUGAACUAUGGAAGUCUGAAAAGUCCAGAACUUUUCCUGUGCUACAGGAGAGGGGGAGAUAAACCACCCCUUACAGAUAUUGGAGUUUUAUAUGAAGGUAAAGAAAGAGUCAUUCCAGGAUGUGAAGUGAUCCAUGCCACGCCCUAUGGUCGCUGUGCCAACGUCAAUAAUAGUUCAACCACUUCACAGAGAAUCUUCAUCACUUAUCGAAGGGCUCCUCCAGCUCAGUCCCAGAAUUCAUUGGCUGUAACUGAUAUCUGUGUUAUUAUUGCCAGCAAAGGAGAAAGCCCUCCUCAUACUUUUUGCAAAGUUGAUAAAAACUUAAAUAGUAGCAUGUGGGGUUCCAAUGUGUUUCUGUGCUACAAGAAGUCAGUACCUGCUUCAAAUGCAAUAGCAUAUAAAGCUGGUUUAAUUUUUAGAUAUCCUGAAGAUGACUAUGAGUCCUUUCCACUCUCAGAAUCUGUACCUCUCUUCUGCCUUCCCAUGGGAGCCACUAUUGAAUGUUGGAAUCCUCAAGCCAAAUAUCCACUUCCAGUGUUUUCAACUUUUGUCCUGACAGGUUCUUCAGCUGAAAAGGUCUAUGGAGCUGCCAUCCAGUUUUAUGAAUCGUACUCUCGGGAACUUCUAACAGAGAAACAGCUGAUGCAGCUGGGCCUAUUGACACCAGUGGAGAAAAAAAUAGUCUCCAAGUCCAUCUAUUCCAACAAAUGCAUUUGUUUACUGUCACAUUGGCCUUUUUUUGAAGCUUUUAAAAAAUUUCUUAUGUUCAUCUACAAACUGUCUGUAUCUGGACCACAUCCUCUUCCCAUUGAAAAGCACAUAUCCCAUUUUAUGCAAAACAUCCCUUUUCCUUCACCACAAAGACCAAGAAUCCUUGUACAGCUGUCAGCCCAUGAUACCUUAAUAUUAUCACAGCCGGUUUGUACACCUUUACCACUAAGUGGAGCCAAUUUUAGCACCUUGCUGAUGAAUCUGGGCCCUGAGAAUUGUGCAACAUUGCUGCUGUUGGUUUUACUUGAGAAUAAGAUUCUACUGCAUUCUCUUAGGCCAGCUGUCUUGACUGGGGUAGUUGAAGCUGUUGUCGCUAUGAUCUUUCCAUUUCAGUGGCAGUGUCCAUAUAUUCCCCUGUGUCCUCUGUCACUGGCUGGAGUGCUUAGUGCACCUUUACCAUUUAUAGUUGGAGUUGACUCAAGGUAUUUUGAUCUUCAUGACCCACCACAAGAUGUUGUCUGCAUUGACUUGGAUACAAACACGUUAUAUAUAUCAGAUGAAAAGAAGAACAUGAACUGGAAGCAGCUUCCUAAAAAGCCAUGCAAAAAUCUAGUUGGUACCUUAAAGAGAUUAUAUCCCCAACUACGUGCAGUUCACCAAAAAACUCAAGAAAUUUCAGCAAUCGAGAUGACUCCAAUUGAAGCAGAUUUCUCUUGGCAAAAAAAGAUGACACAACUUGAGAUGGAAAUCCAAGAGGCAUUUUUGCGAUUUAUGGCGUCCAUUUUAAAAGGAUAUAGGACAUAUCUCAGACCAAUCACAGAGGCUCCAUCGAAUAAAGCCACAGCUGUAGACUCAUUGUUUGAUCGCCAGGGAUUUUUAAAAAGUCGAGAUCGUGCCUAUACAAAAUUCUAUACCCUUUUAUCCAACACACAGAUUUUUAUUCGUUUCAUUGAAGAAUGCAGUUUUGUAAGUGAUAAAGAUACUGGAUUGGCUUUUUUUGAUGACUGCAUAGAGAAGUUGUUUCCUGAUAAAGGUGUAGAGAAAGCAGAUAAGGUUGAUUUGGAUUCAGCAGAAGAUACUAGAUUGAUAGAACUAGAUGACUCACAGAAAAGUGAGCACACUGUGUUUAUAAUGCCACCUGAGCCACCUCCUGAGGACGGGAAAGACUUUUCACCAAAGUACAGUUACAAAUGCUUUCCAAGAUUGGACCGUAAGCUUUUUGACAGACCACAGGAGUUGAAACUUUGUGUUAGUAGACACCCUACUGGGAAUAGCAUUACAAACAGCCCUGCUCUCAUGGCUAAAAGAACUAAACAGGAGAUUAAAACAGCGCAUAAAUUGGCAAAGAGGUGUCAUACAAAUCCUCCACAAUGGGCCAAGUGUCUGUUCAGUCAUUGUUAUAGUUUGUGGUUUAUUUGUCUCCCAGCCUAUGUUCGAGUUUCUCAUCCUAAGGUUAAAGCGCUACAGCAGGCAUACGAUGUACUAAUUAAAAUGAGAAAGACAGAUGUGGAUCCACUUGAUGAGGUGUGCUACCGAGUAGUAAUGCAGCUUUGUGGACUUUGGGGUCACCCUGUUUUAGCAGUGAGAGUCUUAUUUGAAAUGAAAACUGCCAAAAUAAAGCCAAAUGCUAUUACUUAUGGUUAUUAUAAUAAGGUAGUUUUGGAAAGCCCGUGGCCUAGCAGUACCCGCAGUGGUAUCUUCUUAUGGACGAAAGUGCGGAAUGUGGUAUAUGGUUUGGCACAAUUUCGGCAGUCACUUAAAAAAACGGGGCAAAAGUCACAGGUCCUCUCAGUGUCAGCACCUCAGAAUGUCACAGGUGGAAGUGAUGGGGACACAGUGAGCCACGGUAGUGUGGAUAGCUCUAAUGAUGCUAACAGUGGGGAGCACACUGUCUUCGUCAGAGACUUAAUCAAGAUUGACUCCAUUGAUAACCACUUGAGCACAGGUGGUCAGUCUGACCAAGGCUAUGGGUCUAAGGAUGAACUUCUAAAGGAGGACGCAGACAUCCACGCAUCAGAAGAACAAGUAGCUCGGGACCUGAUAACUGCCACCCCAUUGCGAAUAGAAGAAGAGUGUGAUGUGUCUGUGAUUGCAUCAAUGCAUUCAAGACCUGGUCUAGAGCCUCAGAGCCCCACUGAGCCUCCUGCAUGGGGCAGCAGCAUUGUGAAAGUCCCAUCUGGAAUAUUUGAUACAAACAACAGGAAAAGUAGCACUGGUAAUAUAUCAAAUGUUCUAUUUUCUACCAAUGAUCCAGUUGAAGAUGCAACCUCUGAUGAAGUUACUAAUUUUAAGAAUAGUGACAAAGCAGAAAAACGGCACAAGCAUUUUCCAGAGAGGAGCUGUAGUUUUAGUUCUGAAAGCCGAGCAGGAAUGUUACUUAAGAAGUGCAGUUUGGAUUUGAAUUCAAGUGAAAUGGCUAUCAUGAUGGGAGCAGAUGCCAAGAUUCUCACAGCAGCAUUGACAUGUCCUAGGACUUCUCCACUUCAUGUUACAGGAGCGCACAGCUUGGAGAAUGCUGCCUGUCAUCUUGCUGACACCAGGACACGUGCGUCUGAGAGCUCUUGGGAUGCUGAGCACAGACCAUCCCCAGUACUGGAGAUGCUUGAGGAAAGCCAAGAGCUCCGAGAGCCCCUGCUUGACAGGAAUGUAGCUGAUGCUGCUCCAAUGAAUGGCACUCAUGGCAGUCUACCACAUGGUAGUGAAGAGAAUCAGUGCAGAGACUUGGAGGCAGGCUCCAGAGAGCUAAUGACUAAGAGAAUUAGUUUAUAUGGUGGUGUGAAGGCCAUUGAAAGAGAAGAUGUCGAAACUGGCCUAGAUCCUUUGUCUCUUUUAGCCACUGAAUGUGUCGAAGAAAAAAAUCCUGACUCUGAAGAUAAGAUGUUUUCUCCAGUUAUUUCACGUAAUCUGGCUGAUGAAAUUGAAAACUAUAUGAACCUCAAAAGUCCUCUGGGGAGUAAAUCUUCUAGUAUGGAAUUGCCUGGAGAGGGAAGUCAAGACCUGGGCACUACUGCUGCAUUUAUUCACCCUCAUUUAGAAAGGAGACCAAGCCUACCUUUAGAUCAUGGUCCACUUGGACAGGAGACUCCAGAAACUGAAAAGCACUCUCCUGCAGUAUCCAGGUCUAAAACUUUUACUGGACGUUUCAAGCAGCCAACUCCCCAUCGUGCUUACAAAGGUCGCUCACCUUUAUCAGCGUUGGUGCGCUCCUCACCAAGUAGCUCACUGGGUUCUGUGGUAAAUUCUUUGUCAGGGCUGAAGCUGGAUAAUAUACUGUCAGGGCCGAAGAUAGAUGUCCUAAAAUCUAGUAUGAAACAAGCAGCGACAGUAGCCAGUAAGAUGUGGGUGGCUGUAGCAUCUGCCUACAACUACUCAGAUGAUGAGGAAGAACCUAGUAAAGAUUAUAGUUUCCCAGCUGGCCUCGAAGAUCACAUUUUGGGUGAGAAUGUAUCUCCUACCACAAGUUUCACAGGGUUGGUUCCCAGUGAACUUACCCAGAGCAACACAAGCCUUGGCAGUAGCAAUAGCAGUGGAGAUGUUGGAAGACUGGUAUUGCCCACAGGUGAAGCUCCAUCUUCAAGAGGUAUAAAAGGGCAAGACUUUGAAAAAUCAGAUCAUGGUUCCUCUCAGAAUACCAGCAUGUCUAGUAUCUACCAGAAUUGUGCAAUGGAGGUGUUGAUGUCAAGCUGCUCACAGUGUAGAGCCUGUGGCGCUUUAGUUUAUGAUGAAGAGAUUAUGGCUGGAUGGACAGCAGAUGAUUCAAAUUUGAAUACAACUUGUCCUUUCUGUAAAAGCAACUUCUUGCCUCUUCUCAACAUAGAAUUUAAAGACUUGAGAGGCUCUGCAAGCUUUUUCUUGAAACCAAGUACCUCUGGUGACAGUUUACAAAGUGGCAGCAUUCCAUUGGCAAGUGAACCUGUGCGCACUUCAGCAGAACCAGACUUGAUCAACUUCAUGGAUUUCUCGAAACACAGCCAGACCAUAACUGAAGAAACAAGCCAUGAAGUUGAGCCAAGUGACGAAAUAGAGAAAACCAAUGGAGAUGCCCAAACCGUGAAAAAUGCAUCUAUACCUAAUAGUUUAUCAAAACGAAAUGUAUCCUUGACUCGAAGUCACAGUGUUGGAGGCCCUUUGCAAAAUAUUGACUUCUCCCAACGACCAUUUCAUGGCAUUUCAACAGUUAGUCUUCCAAACAGCCUACAGGAAGUGGUGGACCCUUUAGGAAAAAGGCCCAAUCCUCCUCCUGUCUCUGUGCCUUAUUUGAGUCCACUAGUGCUUCGGAAAGAACUUGAAUCUCUACUAGAAAAUGAAGGUGAUCAGGUGAUUCAUACAUCCUCCUUCAUCAAUCAACACCCAAUCAUUUUCUGGAACCUUGUUUGGUAUUUCAGACGUUUGGAUCUUCCUAGUAACUUGCCGGGUCUUAUCCUCACAUCUGAACAUUGUAAUGAAGGUGUACAGCUUCCUCUGUCAUCUCUGUGUCAGGACAGCAAACUUGUAUAUAUUCAACUGUUAUGGGAUAACAUCAACCUUCAUCAGGAACCAGGAGAGCCCCUAUAUGUCUCAUGGAGGAACCUAAAUUCUGAAAAGAAACCGUCCCUUCUAUCAGCUGAACAACAAGCGACAAGUACUUUAGUUGAAGCCAUCAGGCAGAGUAUCCAGCAUAAUGAUGUUCUUAAGCCCAUCAGCCUGCUUUCCCACCAGCUGAAGCCAGACAUGAAAAGACAAAGGAGUCUAUACAGAGAAAUCCUUUUCUUAUCAUUAGUAUCUCUUGGAAGAGAAAACAUUGAUAUUGAGGCUUUUGACAAUGAGUAUGAACUUGCAUACAGAAGUCUGCCUUCGGAGAUUCUUGGUAAACUACAGAGCAUAGACACCCCUCCAAGUGUCAGCGUGGAGUGGUGCAGGAAGUGUUUUGGAGCACCUCUCAUCUAGAUAGUGUCAUCAGUUUUGAUAGAGUGCUGAGGGAGUAGACACUGCCUGGCAACAUUCAAGGGUUUUUCCUGUCCUAAGAACCUUUGAAAACUGAAAAGUGGAGGUAAUGUACAAUGAAUUGUAAUUUACACCGAUUCAUCUCAGAAUGUAAAUGCCAUUAAGUACCCUGAGGUUUAUUGAAGCUCCUGAACUUUCUGUACCUCUUCUGAAUUUUAGAGUUAAUGGCAUUUGUGUAUUCGAAAUCAUGAGAAACUCAUCAUUCUAGGUGUUAUGUUUGAAGCUGUUUGUUUGGGUAAUGGCAAACUCAACCUAACUUCAAAGGAGUUAUAAUAUUGCAAUUUUAAGAGCAACUAUUUGUGUAAGAUUUUGUAUGUUUGGGACUGUGUAGUAAAUAUGUGUAUAUUACAAGUGUAUUUAUUAAAAUGCUUAGAUUGCAGUUUGCAGUAGUUUUCUGAAAGAGGUCUUAUUGCCUAGUGACUACUACUAAACUCAUUGGUAGUCAUUAAUCCCCAAAUCACCUAAAAGUCUGACUUUAAAUUUAAUAUAUAUCUUCAUUUUUAAGUUAUAUGUUAUCUUGUUUAAUGGAGUAUAUCCUGAAUAUCCAGGAUUGUUCUUUCCAUCUUAUCCAAUGUCAGGUUCAUUUGCAAUGCUCCUAUUGGAAUCCAAUUGGUACAAUGAAAUUACACUUAAUAACUUACAAAAUUAUUUGGAACAUGCUUAAAAUGCAAAUGUAGAGUCUUUGAUUUUGAAAUCUUUGUUCAGGAACAUAAAUUGUUGAUAGAGUCACUUUAAAAAGAGGAUUCCAAGUUCAAGACCAGCCUAGAAAACUUAAUGAGAACCUGUCUCAGAGAGGCCUAGGGACAUAACUCAGUGGGAGAGCACUUGCCUAGCCCACACGAGGUCCCAGGUUCACUCCCUAGUCCCCCAAAAGUAAAAUAAAUAAAACCUGUGGGAUAAACUUGCACUGCACAUAGAAGUUUUAUUCUUGUACAAUAUUUUAAUUUUUAUGCUUGUGAAUAAAAAAUGUGCAUUUGUAAAUACUGUUUUUUAGGUUGAAUCAAUUGUUUUAAAACUCUGAGGCUCACUGAGCUUGCCAGGUUUAAGAAAAUCAUGAACUCACAUGCCCCACCUUGACAGUUAUUGUGCUUUUUGCUAAAAACAUCCAUAACAAGUUUGCCUUAGAUAUCUGCAUUGCUUAGGAAACUAAUGGUUACAUGUAUGCUUUUAUAGUAAUUAUACAGAUAAAUCAGUUGAUAUGUGAAAAAUUACCUCCAUAUGAUAACAGUUAAAAGCACAAUUUUAUACUUGACAGAACCUUAAAAUUAAUAAUGUAUCAGCAUUUCAACAUUUAGGGGUGAAUAUGACCUUUGCAGGAUUCUAAUGAAUUUAUCAGUGUUAACUCACCAGAAAUUAUGUAAAAUUUUCAUUACUUUCAAAUUGGAUUUUUUGCACUGUAGCAAAUAUAUAUUUUUACAGUUUAUAACUUAACACUUGUUGACCCAACAUUUUAAAAAAUUAUCUUGCAUAUACACAAUGAAAGUUAAAUAAAAUUGAAAAUAAAUUCAAA